ACCCGGAGGAUACAAUGUUCACUAAACUCUUCCAGCAGUGGAGUUUCGCAGUGUUUCUGCUGAGUUAUUCCGUGCCCUCUUACGGGAGAUCAGUAGAGGGGAUCAGCCGCAGACUCAAACGGGCUGUAUCAGAGCACCAGCUAUUGCAUGACAAGGGCAAGUCAAUCCAAGACUUACGAAGAAGAAUAUUCCUUCAAAAUUUAAUUGAAGGUGUCAACACUGCAGAAAUCCGUGCAACUUCGGAGGUUUCACCUAACCCUAAGCCUGCUACCAAUACGAAGAACUACCCUGUCCGAUUUGGUAGUGAAGAUGAGGGCAGAUACCUAACUCAGGAGACAAACAAAUCACAGACCUACAAAGAGCAGCCCCUGAAGGUAUCGGGGAAGAAAAAGAAAGCAAAGCCUGGAAAACGUAAGGAACAAGAGAAGAAAAAGAGGCGAGCCCGCUCGGCUUGGCUAAAUUCUGGCGUGUAUGGAAGCAGAGUGACCGAGAGCCCACUCUUGGAAAACUCUGUUACAACACAUAAUCACACUUUAAGGUAAUUCUGCUAUAUCCUUUUGUGGGGCAUACCAUAUAUUUACUGAAAUUGUUAUCCUUCAGUGUGAGAGGCCCAGGCCUCACUCAAACCUGGAGUAAUAGCACACCUUUAUGCUCAUAACUGGGCAGUGGCUUUUCAAGCAGUGCACAGUCUCAGGGUGCUUUCUGGAGGUAAGUAAGUACCCUUUCCACUU